UAUGUGCAGAAGCCAGUUUGCUGCAGAGAGGGCGGGACUACAGCCAGAGUGAGUGUUCACAAGCUGACACAGCCAGUCUUGGAAUCAGAUAUACUAGCAUGCAGCACAGAGCUGUGCUCAACAAGCCUACCACCGUUUUUUGAUGACAAGUCUACCAAAGAAGAGCAAAAAUGCUACUAUGGGAUGCCAACUCAGAGCCACAUGGCCCGAGUCCUCUGUUGGAAGCAGGGACCGAAGUCAAUCUAGCUGCUGCUGCCUUUGUUCAGUCACCAGCUCAUCUGGCUGCUGGUGGAGGCCAUGCCUUUUUCCUGCUUUGGCAACUCCAGACGGGAGCCAAUCUGAACCAACAGGAUUGGCUUGGAGAAGCUCCCAUCCAUAAGGCAGCUAAAGUUGGGAGUUUGGAAUGUCUCACUUUACUCGUUGCCAGUCAGGCCAACAUCGACUUGCGCAAUAAUAAUAGUCAAACAGCAGAAGAUCUUGCCCUGGCUUUGGGGUUUUUGGAGUGUGCCCAUUUCCUCAUGAAAGUGAAACAGAUUCAGAACCAGAAAGCAGGAGCACAGCAUAACUCUUCCUUUCAUGAUAGUGACGAAUCCAUCCAUACUGAUGCUUCCAAAAGGCAGAAAGGAGUGUGUGAAAGGAAUAGACUUGUCAACAGAAAGAGAAGGAGAUCAAAUGAUUUGAACUCAGAGUCAUGUGAAAAUGAAUAAGCGUGAGAAAUAUGGAUAUUCAAAGCUCUGCAAAGAAAAACCUGAAUCUACAACUCAAUGCAAAGUAUUUUGAACAAUGCCUUCUACGAAGGAAUGUGUUCUUCUUGAAGAAGAUCUUUUCAUAUAAUUUCGGCGUGUGAACAAUAAUAACAUACAGUAAUAUUUUUUUACCAUUGAUUCAUGUAUCAUUAAUUUUGUGACUGGUAUAUUGAUGUUCUUUACUCAUGUGAACACACACAAAAGCAAAGCAGUAGAUAGUAUUCUGGCAAUCAACACAUUGUUCAGAUUAAACAAAUAUGAAUUAUGUUGAUAAAAAUGUGUUCUGUAGGUAUGCCUCUGUCAGCAAAUUCUGUAUAGAACCUUUUUGUAAUAACUUGCACUGUAACUAUACCUUCUUAUUUUUGUCCCUUGCAAGUCUAUUCAACAUUACGCUGGGAGCAUGCCACUUUCAAAGGACAGGUAUGGAUGUGAGUUGUUAAUAUUCGAUGACAAAAACAGAAAGCGAUUCAAAAUUAAUAGGAUAUAAUCAGAUUUUAUUUGAAAAAUAAUCUUGUACAUAAUUUGUGCUCUGAAAUACUAGAGCAGUAAUUUUAUUUCAAUGGGAUUAUGAGACGCAUGAUAUUAAAUACAAAUAAACCAUAUAUACAGAAA